AUGGAAUUCGCGGCAUUCUCCGCCUCCUGCGCGCGGAUCGCGCGGGUUUCCUCACCGCUAUGCGUCUCCCCGCGUACCCACUUCCCGCCGCGCGCGAUCUCCGCGGGUGCGAAGAGCACCAGCGCCACCAGCCCGUCUUCGUGCGUUGCCACGUCAGCACGCAGUCAGCACCACGCGUCCGUCCGGUGCCACGUGGUAAACGGCCGCUCCAGUGGCAUCCAGUUGCUACCAACUGCUGACGUCACCGAGGCAGCCGUGCGGAGCGACGGCGCGACCGGCCACGUGUCAGACGCUGAUAGGCGGCAGCAGACAGUGGCGGCAAUCGCGGCGUCGGGGAUCGUGGCGUGCGUGCGCGCUGACAGUGCUGACGUGGCGCUCUCUGCUUCCCGUGCUGCGCUCUCGGCCGGGAUCCAAGUGCUGGAGGUCACGUGCACCACCCCUGACGCCUUCCAGGUUAUCGCAUCACUGGUCAUAGAGUUCCCACAUGCCACCAUAGGGGCAGGCACGGUGCUCUCCCUGCAUGACGCCAUGGCAGCUCAACAUGCUGGUGCUCGCUUCCUCAUGAGCCCUGCCACUGAUGCGGAUCUAGUGGCAUCACACGCAGCAGGCCCAAUGGUCUUCAUUCCUGGUGCCAUGACUCCCACUGAGUCCCACUCACACUUUCACUGUGCUCUCCUCCUCGCCUCUCCCCUCUCCCACGUGCUCUGCUGCCCUGCUGCUGCCUUCAGAUCCUCUCAGCCUCUCGCCUUGGAGCUCCCCUGGUCAAGCUCUUCCCAGCGCCCUAUGCAGGAGGGCAGGCACUGCGCCCUCCGCGCCGCCAGACUCGGAGGGCGGUCCACACCCUGCGCCAAUCCCGCCGCUAUUCACUCCGCUCUCACCAACGCCCACUCUCCCGCAUCCCCCGCAUCUCCCGCUCCGCCCCCUGCGUUUUCCCGCUCCUUCGCCACCAAUCAGAAGCUCCAUCUCCCGCCGCUUGAGCCGCGAUUCGCGCGGCUCGCACAGGACGUGCUGGACGGCAAUCUGCACGCGCUGAGCCGCACGAUCACGCUCUGCGAGUCGGUCCGCGAGUCGCACCGCCCGCAGGCCGCGGCGCUGCUGCAGCACGUGCUGGAGGCGGUGCGCGCGCGGAAGGCGCAGGCGGAGAUCGCGCACGGCGCGGGGAAGGCUAGGGAUGGAAUCUUCAAGAUCGGAAUCACGGGGCCGCCCGGCGCGGGGAAAUCGUCGCUGAUCGAACGCCUGGGCAUGCACGCGGUUGAGGACGACAGGCGAGUAGCAGUGUUGGCGAUCGACCCGUCAUCGCACAGCAGCGGGGGGUCCAUCCUGGGCGACAAGACGCGCAUGGAGCGCCUCUCCGCGCACCCCUCCGCGUUCAUCCGCCCCACGCCCUCCCGCGGGGAGGUGGGGGGGCUCGCGCGCAACACUGCUGACGCCGCCCUGCUCUGCGAGGCGAGUGGGUGUGACGUGCUACUGGUGGAGACGGUGGGGGGCGGGCAGGCGGACGUGGCAGUGGCGCAGAUAACAGACAUGGUGCUGCUGCUGCUGCCGCCCGCUGGGGGCGACGAGCUGCAGGGCAUCAAGAAAGGAGUGGUGGAGAUAGCGGACCUAGUGGUGGUGAACAAGGCGGACGGUGCCAUGGAGGGGGCAGCGCUGGCAGCGGUGGGCGAGUACAGCAGCGCACUGCACUUCGUGCACCCGCGCUAUGACUUCUGGAUGACCCCGCUUGCUCCUCUACUCCCUCUCACUCCCAUACAUGGCGAUCACCUUGGCCCUGCAGGUAGUGGCGUGCAGCACGCGCACAGGGCUGGGCAUAGAGGACUUGUGGAAGAAGAUAGGAAAGUUCCAGGAAGCCAUGCGCUCGUCCGGCGAGCUGAAGCAGCUGAGGGAAGCUCAGAACAGGGGACUGCUGUGGAGCACCGUGGAGGCGGAAAUACUGUACAAUAUCAACAGCAGUAUCAGCAGCAGCAGUCGUUCUCUCUCUCCCCCGUCUCUCCCCUCGUCGACCCCCCUGUUGACGGCGAGGCAGCACUCGGCAAUGCGCUUCUUGCGGCGCAGAAUGCGAUAAUGGGGCUCGUGCGCCUCGUCGACGCCGUCAGCCAGAACCAGCGCGCCAUGCAGCAGCAGCAGCAGCAGCAGCAGCAGCAGCAGCAGCGCCAGCAAGUCGACACCCUCCACCAGCUUCAGUCCUCUCUCUCCUUCGCCGUCCCCGCUCUCAACGCUCUCUCCCAUGCUCCCGUUUCAGCCCCGCUCCCCGCGCCGCAUCCGCUCAUCGCGCACGACGCACCCUCUCCGGCACCAUCCGCGGCAACAUCCUUCGCGCCAUCCCCCGCAUCUUCCGAGGGCUCCCAUCCUUCGCUGCCUAUUCUCGAGAAGGUCUUCGCGGGUAAGCGCUCCCGUGGUGGCGACUCCGCCAAGUCUGUCCGCGGAAAGCGCGCCAAGCAGGAGCCGACUUCUCUGGACGCUGCCACGUGGUCGUCGGAGGAGGAAGACAAGGAUUCCGACUCUGAAGUUGUCGUGUGCAACGCGGCGCGCGACCAGGGUCCGCGUUACAAGGGCGUGCGCCAGCGCAAGUGGGGAAAGUGGGUGUCGGAAAUCCGCGAGCCCCGCAAGCGUACGCGCAUUUGGCUCGGCUCAUUCGAUUCCCCUGAGGACGCCGCCCGCGCUUACGACGUCGCCGCGCGCCUGCUCCGCGGGUCCAAGGCGUCGCUGAACUUCCCCGGCAGCUUCCAGCUGGUUCCGCUGCCGCCUGCUACCGCCGAGACUCUGCUGAAGGCGAGCCGCGAGGCCGCGAAGAUGUUCGACACGUCAGAAAUCGCCGAUGCGCUCGAGAAAUCCCUGCAAGGCCAGGCCAUCCACACCGCCGGCCUGUCGCUCCCGCUCCCGUCUCCCGCUUCCCCGUUGUCCCCCGUUUCCCCCGCUGCACCUGCAUCGCCAGAAUUUAUUCCGGAGCUGGAACCGUCGCCUGCGAUGGGCGGAAUCAAGCUGGAGGCGACGGAGAGCGAGACGAGCAGCGAGGAGGACGCGGAGUGCCUGAACGCGCUGCUGCAGGACCUGGAGCCGAUCGAGAACACGGAUAACAUCUUCCGCGACAUGCUUGACGACUUCGAUGCGUUCGACGCUACGCAGAUUGCUGCUACAGGUGAUGCGGAUCUCUUCGGCGUGUGGGCCAAUUAG